AUGGAAUUUGAAGAUAUGAAGGAUACUUUGAAAACUUUGAAGACUCUUGGCGCUGACGGAUUUGUUUUCGGAAUCCUCCGACGUCCCGAAACGCGCACCCGAUAUGGAUGGAUUGACAUCGAAAGAAACAAGGAACUUGUGCAGCUUGCUGAUGGGAAGCCAUGCACUUUCCAUCGUGCAUUUGACUUGAUACCGGAGCCGUACUGGGAUACAACCCUGGCGGAACUGAUAGCCUGUGGAUUCAGCUCGAUUUUAACCAGCGGCGGUUCGUUGGGAAACCAGGCAACCGAUCACACAAGCGCACUUUCAAGACUUCAUAGUCGCAAUCAUGGUCUUAAAUCCAGCGAAGAUCUUGAAAUCAUCAUUGGUGGCGGCGUGGAAAGAGCUUUCACUCGAGUGCCCUAG